AUGAAGUUCGGGUGGUUAGAGGUAGCCACUUUGGCUUCGGCCUCAGUAGCUAGUGCCAAUCCUCUUGCCUAUUCUCCCCCAUACUACCCUUCGCCAUGGAUGACUGGCAAAGGCGAAUGGUCCGAGGCCUACAAGCGCGCCGUUGAAUUCGUCUCCAACCUCACACUCGCCGAAAAGGUCAAUUUGACAACCGGUGCUGGAUGGGAGCAAGAGCGAUGUGUAGGUGAGACUGGUGGCAUUCCCCGACUGGGCAUGUGGGGAAUGUGUAUGCAGGAUUCGCCUUUGGGCGUGCGCGACAGUGACUACAACUCCGGAUUUCCCUCCGGUGUCAAUGUCGCCGCCACCUGGGACAAGCGCCUUGCCUACCAACGUGGUAUGGCUAUGGGCGAAGAGCACCGUGACAAGGGUGUGGACGUGCAGUUGGGACCCGUGGCCGGCCCAAUUGGCAAGUUCCCUGAUGGAGGUCGUAACUGGGAGGGCUUCGCUCCCGAUCCCGUCCUCACUGGUGUGAUGAUGGCCGAGACCAUCAAGGGUAUGCAGGAUGCUGGUGUCAUUGCUUGCGCCAAGCAUUUCAUUGGAAAUGAGCAAGAGCACUUCCGUCAGUCGGGCGAGGCUCAGGGCUAUGGAUACAACAUCACUCAGAGUGUCAGCGCCAACAUCGAUGACAAGACUAUGCACGAACUCUACCUUUGGCCCUUUGUGGAUGCCAUCCGUGCUGGUGUUGGCUCUGUUAUGUGCUCUUACAACCAGAUCAACAACAGCUAUGGCUGUGCCAACAGUUACACGCUGAACAAGCUGCUCAAAGGCGAGCUUGGCUUCCAAGGCUUCGUUAUGAGCGACUGGGGUGCGCACCACAGUGGUGUUGAGUCUGCACUCGCUGGUUUGGAUAUGUCCAUGCCCGGUGAUGUUUACCUUGGUAGCCCCUAUUCUUACUGGGGUACCAACUUGACCGUCUCGGUUCUCAAUGGCACCGUUCCCGAAUGGCGCGUGGAUGAUAUGGCUGUCCGUAUCAUGGCUGCUUACUACAAGGUCGGCCGUGACCGCUACCGCACUCCUCCCAACUUCAGCUCCUGGACGCGCGACGAGUAUGGCUUCGAGCACUUCAUUGUCGGCGAGAACUACGUUAAGCUCAACGAACGUGUCAACGUGCAGCGCGAUCACGCUCAGGUCAUCCGCAAGAUUGGAUCCGACAGCACUGUCCUGCUCAAGAACAAGGGUGGUGCUCUGCCCCUGACCCACAAUGAGAGGUUCAUCGGUAUUCUUGGAGAAGAUGCCGGCUCCAAUGCUUACGGUGCCAAUGGUUGCAGUGACCGCGGCUGUGACAAUGGAACCCUUGCCAUGGGCUGGGGCAGUGGAACUGCUAACUUCCCUUACCUGAUCACUCCUGAGCAGGCUAUCCAGAAUGAAGUUCUCAACUACGGCAACGGUCAGACCAAUGUGUUUGCUGUGACCGAUAACUGGGCUCUCACUGAAAUGGCUGCUCUUGCCUCCCAGGCUUCCGUUGCUCUUGUUUUCGUGAACUCCGACUCCGGUGAGGGCUAUAUCAACGUUGAUGGAAACGAAGGCGACCGUAAGAACAUGACUUUGUGGAAGAACGGCGAGGAAGUUAUCAAGACUGCUACCGAGAACUGCAACAACACCAUUGUUGUCAUCCACAGCACCGCCGCUGUCCUUAUCAGCGACUGGUACGACAACGAGAACAUCACCGCCAUCGUUUGGGCUGGUCUGCCUGGUCAGGAAUCCGGCCGCAGUCUGGUUGAUGUUCUUUAUGGUCGCAUCAACCCCGGUGGAAAGACCCCCUUCACCUGGGGUAAGACUCGCAAGGACUAUGGUGCCGAGAUUCUCACUGUCCCCAACAACGGUGACGGCGCUCCCCAGGACAGCUUUGAUGAAGGCGUCUUCAUUGACUACCGCCGUUUCGACAAGGACAACACCGAGCCCAUCUACGAGUUCGGCUACGGUCUGAGCUACACCAACUUCGAGUUCUCCGACCUGAAGGUCACUCCAUUGAUUCCCACUCAAUACGUUCCUACCAUCGGCAAGACCAAGAAGGCUCCCGUCCUCGGCAAGACUGAGAAGGCCUCAGACAACCUCUACCCUGAGGGUCUCCACCGCGUCACCCAGUACCUCUAUCCCUGGUUGAACUCCACCGAUCUCCGUGCUUCCUCCGGCGACCCCGACUACGGCAUGGACUCCAAGGACUACCUCCCCGAGGGCGUCGCCGAUGGCUCUCCUCAGGAACUUCUCCCCUCCAGCGGCCAGGACGGUGGCAACCCCGGUCUCUUCGAGGAUCUUUUCCAGGUGACUGCCACUAUCACCAACACCGGCACUGUCACCGGUGAUGAGGUUCCCCAGCUGUACGUCUCUCUCGGUGGUGCGGAUGACCCCGCCAAGGUCUUGCGCCAGUUCGACCGAGUCACCGUUGCCGCUGGCCAGGUCGUCCAAUGGACUACCACCUUGACCCGCCGCGAUCUGUCUAACUGGGACGUUGCCUCGCAGAACUGGGUUAUCUCUGAUGCCCAGAAGACUGUGCAUGUUGGUAACUCGUCCCGAAAAUUGCCUCUUUCAGCUGCGCUACCCUCCGUGCAGUAA